CAUUUCACACUUCACAUUUCACUUCCUCUUCUUUUUUAAUUUGAGCCCAAACAUUAAUUACACCUUUUUAGUGUGUUUUGAUUAAAUGGCAUCCGGUUCACUAAGCUCACACCGAUCCGGUUCAUGGACCCAACAAGAGAACAAGCUGUUUGAGAAGGCAUUGGCCCGGUUCGACACUGAAACUCCUGACCGGUGGCAGAACGUGGCACGGGCCGUGGGCGGUGGGAAAUCAGCGGAGGAGGUGAAGCGCCACUACGAGAUUCUCAUAGAGGAUCUCUGCCGCAUUGAAUCCGGCUACGUUCCCAUUCCCAAAUAUAAGAAAACCUCAGCAUAAAAGGCUUCUAAAGAUGUGAAGAGGCACGAGAGUUAUUAAUCAUAAGCUUUUGCGGGGGAAUUAAGAAAGAAUGUAGAAUGAUUAUUAACGCAGAAAUAGCGUGUGUUUAGUUUAAGUAAUUAGCACCAAGCAAGCAUGCUAGUAAUUUUUAAUUCUAAUUUUCACGCAUUUCAAAUAAUAUAGUACGGCUCUAUUUA